AUCUAUGUGGUCACUAAGAGUCGACACCAACUUGAUGACUCAUAAUCAGUCAAAGAAUAUGUAUAUUUAUAUCCCAAUGGGAGGAUCUCACUGCAGCAUAUUUAAGAUGUUGUUUUCAACCGCCAUCACGUUUGCUUUUGUAAGCUACUGGCAUGGAAGCCAUAGCUACCUUUGGUCCUGGGCUGUGCUUAAUUGGCUUGGACUAACAGCUGAAAAUGGAGUGAAGAGGAUGGUUUCUUUUCCAGUUGCCCACAAUUUUAUUAACCAGGUUUUAUCCCCAAGAGGAAUUCGUCGAUUCCAUGCAGCAAUGGCAGCUGUAUCUACCACAUUCUUGAUUUUUUCUAACCUUAUCUUUCUUGGUGGAAAUGACGUUGGUAGAAUUUAUUGGAACAAGAUCUUCAAAGAAGGCUGGCCUUGGGCAACAUUCUCUGUUGUUGGAGUCUUAUAUUGCUACUCUCAUGUUGGGAUCGAAUGGCAACACACACGUUCCAAGGUUAACAAUGCUGUCUUUAAAAGAAAGGAUUAUGGAAUUUUGGCACACACGUUUAUUUCUCCAUCAGCACAAUAACAUUUCAGUGUUUCAGGAGAAUCAGCGUCUGGUAGUGUAUGAAUUCCACAACACGUAAAACCACGCAACAUAAAAUAAGGACCUUUCUGAAAUCUGGAAGCCACUAUUUGAUUUUUAUAUCCAUUAUCUAAAACACAACUGAUUUAAAAUAUAUUUGUUUCCAAAGUUUCUAUUUAUAAUGAAGUUGUGUUUGUAAGAAAGUGAUGUGUAUUUAGGUAAAUACUGUCAUUUAAUCACAAUGAGGAAAAACAAUAGUAAUGAAUCUAUAACAGAAAAGUCCCAGAAGUAAUUACCAUAAAGUAAGAACUUUCACUGAAAUCCAGAAUUACAUGUAAUAGAGUUUUCCUUUGCUGGCUCCCCGUCCACCAGUUCAAAUUUUUUUGGGUGGUUUCCCCAAUCCUCCAAAGCACAUAUUGAAGGAAUAGAGAACACAAUCACUUGUCCUCUCUCUACCACACACAAACUUCCUUGUUGCUCUGAUAAAAAUUCUAGCAGUAGAAAUAUUCCACUGGAUUUCACCCUUUAUUUUAGAAAUGUUGGAGAGAAUAUGUUUGAAUCCAAUUACUUUGUCAAAUCAUAAUUUUACAUAUGUUUUUAAGUGCUGAAUGUAUUUAGAGUUUUUCUUUUUUAAAAAAAUCUUAUGCUUACCUGUUCAUGUUGCAAGAAUGUGUAUGUAUGAAUGAUUAUGCAGUUGACAACCAACCCAAAAUAUGAUUAGAACGAAGAAGAUCAUAUGAAGGGAAACAAACAAACUUUAACAAAUUAUUAUUUUUAAUUAAAAACCUGUUAUAAGAUUGUUUGAAAACAAGUCAGUCUCUUCUGUAAAGCAUAAACAAGUUGUCUCAUUCCAUGGAACAAAAUUACC